CGUCAUCACUCGUGUGACAGUUCAUCCUAGAGCGGUGGUCGUCCGAUCACCCGCUCAAGACUUCAAAAAAGAGAGAGAAGAAAAGAAAAAUUUUGCGAUAUUGAUUUAACGCGCGAUGGGUGACUCGUUGGACGGCACCGGGGAGCCGUCCCCGGAGUCUCAAAUUGUUAUAGUUGUAUCAUAUUCGGCAUUCGCCAAUUAUUUAAAGAAAGUCGUAACGGUCCUCCUGCCCGACGAAGAUGUGGUACCACCCGCGUUCAAUUCUGCCCUCGAAGAUAAGAACAAUCAGGAGUGCGUGAGAAAGUUCUUAGGCGACUCUCAAGUGUGGGCGCUUUACAUACAAAGAAGUUCGAGCAAAGAGGAAGACAACAAUGAAGCAGAUGAAGAAAAAGAGAGCACUGUCUUUUAUAUGUCAAAUGAGAUACAUUUUACUAGUCCUAAAAUGGCCUCCUUAGUUUUAACAAAACGUGGAGCUGUAAUUGAAGCUGAUAAAUCUAUCCAUUCGCAGCUGCGUUUAGUUACGUUCUCAGAUGGGCCACCGUAUGAAACGUUACAUGCGAUAAGUAAAACUAUGGCACCAUAUUUUAAAAGUUAUGUAAAAGAGACAGGCCGUGCAGACAGGGAUGGUGAUAAAAUGGCACCAUCCGUUGAAAAAAAGAUAGCAGAACUUGAAAUGGGUUUGCUGCAUCUACAGCAGAAUAUAGACAUUCCCGAGAUUUCAUUACAAAUUCAUCCACUUGUGGCGCAAGUAAUUAAACAAUGUGCAGAAGAAAAUCGUAAGCCCAAAGUUGCUGACUUUGGUGAUAAAGUUGAAGAUUCUACAUUUUUGAAUCAAUUACAGAAUGGUGUCAAUAGAUGGAUAAAAGAAAUUCAGAAGGUUACUAAACUAAAUCGUGACCCAGAAUCGGGCACUGCUUUGCAAGAAAUUUCUUUUUGGUUAAAUUUGGAAAGAGCAUUGCAUCGAAUACAAGAGAAACGGGAAAGUAUAGAAAUUACUUUGACACUUGAUAUACUUAAACAUGGAAAAAGAUUUCAUGCAACAGUUAGUUUCGAUAUAGAUACUGGCCUACAACAAGCUUUGGCUACUGUCAAUGAUUACAAUCCGUUAAUGAAAGAUUUCCCAAUUAAUGACUUAUUAUCAGCUACAGAACUUGAAAGAAUAAGAACUAGCGUUCAACAAAUAUUUAUGCACCUACGAAAAAUCAGAAAUACAAAAUAUCCUGUUCAAAGAGUAUUGAGGUUGAUAGAAGCUAUUUCUAGAGACCUAGGACAGCAGCUUCUUAAAGUGUUAGGUACAAGAAGGUUAAUGCACAUUCCAUUUGAUGAAUUUGAAAAGGUUAUGGAACAAUGUUUUGAAGUUUUUAACACGUGGGAUGAUGAAUAUGAAAAAUUAACUGGUUUACUAAGAGAUAUAGUUAAAAAAAAACGUGAUGAACAUAUGAAAAUGGUAUGGAGAGUAUUACCAGCACAUAAAAAAUUACAAACAAGAAUGGAACAGAUGCGAAAUUUCCGGCGUCAACAUGAACAACUCAGAACAGUAAUCGUUCGGGUACUUAGACCUACUGUCCGUCAGAAUAAUAAUAAUGCUGCAAUGGAGAAUUCAGAUAAUGAUAACGUAAAAGUUGAAUUUGCUUUAGAUGCAGCAGAUGCAAAUGCCAUUAGUGAAGUAAAUUUGGCAUACGAAAAUGUAAAAGAAAUCGAUUGCCUUGAUAUUACUAAAGAAGGUGUUGAAUCAUGGAAAGCUGCUGUCCAUAGAUAUGAAGAACGUAUUGAAAGAGUUGAAGCAAGAAUCACAGCACAUCUCCGAGAUCAAUUAGGUACUGCAAAAAAUGCAAAUGAAAUGUUUAGAAUCUUUUCACGUUUCAAUGCACUUUUUGUAAGACCACAUAUUCGAGGCGCCAUUAGAGAGUAUCAAACGCAACUGAUACAAAGGGUGAAGGAUGAUAUUGAAGCAUUACAUGAAAAGUUUAAGGUUCAAUAUGCACAAAGCAAGUGUUGCAAAAUGAGUAUAGUUAGAGAUUUACCACCUGUUGCUGGUUCUAUUAUUUGGGUCAAACAAAUAGAUUAUCAGCUUACAAUGUACUUAAAACGAGUUGAAGAUGUUUUAGGGAAAGGAUGGGAAACUCAUAUUGAAGGUCAAAAGUUGAAAGCUGAUGGAGAUAGUUUUCGCAUGAAACUAUCAACUCAGGAAAUUUUUGAUGAUUGGGCACGCAAAGUGCAACAAAGAAAUCUCGGUGUAACUGGAAGGAUUUUUACAAUAGAAAAUGUACGUUCACGAACGGGGCGUGGCAAUGUAUUAAAAUUGAAAGUGAAUUUUCUUCCUGAAAUUAUUACACUAUCGAAGGAAGUUAGAAAUUUAAGGAACCUUGGCUUCCGUGUACCUUUACCUAUUGUGAACAGAGCACAUCAAGCUAAUCAGUUAUAUCCCUUUGCCAUCAGCUUAAUUGAGAGUAUUAGAACAUAUGAGAGAACACUUGAAAAGCUUACCAAUCGGAGUCCCCACUGCCCCGCACUGAAGAUCGAAGAUAAGGCCAGUAUAAUUCCCUUAGUUGCUGGAAUGCGUAAUGACGUAUUAUCGCUUAUUUCUGAAGGAAUUGCUCUAAUUUGGGAAAGUUAUAAAUUAGAUCAAUAUGUACAACGUCUUUCUGAUGCCGUUGUUUCAUUUCAAGAAAAGGUAGAAGAUCUUGUGGUGGUUGAAGAGCAAUUGGACGUUGAUGUUCGAUCUCUCGAAACGUGUCCAUAUUCAGCAAAUACAUUUGCUGAUAUACUUUCCAAAAUUCAGAAAGCUGUGGAUGAACUAUCUUUAAAAAAUUAUUCAAAUUUAACUAUUUGGGUAUCUAGACUUGAUGAAGAAGUAGAAAAGAAUUUAGCAGCCAGAUUAGAGGCAGGAAUAAAAGCAUGGACUGACGCACUCACUGGUCAGAAAAAAGAUGUAGAUCUAAGUAUGGAUACAGAUGCACCGUCUCAGCCCACUCAUAAACCUGGUGGUGAUCCAAAGAUUCAAAAUCAGAUACACGAAGUUCGUAUAACAAACCAAACAAUGUAUUUAUAUCCAAGCAUCGAAGAUGCAAGAUUCCAAAUAAUGCAACAACUAUUUGCAUGGCAAGCUAUCGUAACUUCCCAAGUUCGACUUCAGAGUUCGAGGUAUCAAGUAGGUUUAGAUAAACCUGAAUCAGGUACUUAUAGAAAUUUACUUACAAAAUUACCUAGUGGAAAACAACCUUUAGAAGCAGCUUAUGAAGCAGUUGAGUCUAAAAUGAGAGAUAUCGCCGAUUAUGUAGAUCAGUGGCUACGUUAUCAAGCACUUUGGGACUUACAACCAGACAAUUUAUAUGGAAAAUUAGGAGAAAAUAUAAAUUUAUGGAUGAAAUGUUUGAAUGAUAUUAAAAAGACCAGAGCUACGUUCGAUACAUCAGAUACUAGGAGGGAAUUUGGACCUGUUAUUAUUGAUUUCGCAAAAGUACAAAGCAAAGUAUCUUUGAAAUAUGAUUCAUGGCACAAAGAAACAUUAGGUAAAUUUGGAACCCUUCUCGGCAAUGAAAUGGCAAGUUUUCAUUCGCAAGUAUCAAAAUCCAGAAGCGAUUUAGAACAACAAUCGAUCGAAGCUGCAAGUACCUCAGAUGCAGUUGGAUUCAUAACUUACGUCCAAUCAUUGAAACGUAAAAUGAAGGCUUGGGAGAAACAAGUUGAUAUAUACCGCGAAGGUCAAAGAAUACUGGAACGUCAGAGAUUCCAAUUUCCUUCUUCGUGGUUGCACGUAGACAACAUAGAAGGUGAAUGGGGUGCAUUCAAUGAAAUAAUCAAAAGAAAAGAUACAAGUAUACAAACACAGGUUGCGUCGUUACAAAUGAAAAUCGUAGCAGAAGAUAAAGCAGUUGAAAUAAGGACUACCGAUUUCCUCAGUGAUUGGGAAAGAGGAAAACCAGUCGAGGGUCAUUUACGACCAGACGAUGCAUUGCAACAAUUACAGUUGUUCGAAAGCAAGUUUGCUAGAUUGAAAGAAGAAAGAGAUAAUGUAGCAAAGGCUAAAGAAGCUUUAGAAUUGCAAGAACCAGGGGCAGUAUCGACCAGUGAAGAUAGAAUGCAAGUAGUGUUUGAAGAACUUCAAGACUUAAGAGGAGUUUGGUCUGAAUUAUCAAAAAUAUGGGCUCAGAUCGAUGACACACGAGAAAAACCAUGGUUAUCUGUUCAACCAAGAAAAUUACGCCAGCAGUUGGAUGGAAUGAUGGCACAACUGAAGGAAUUACCAGCUAGACUAAGACAAUAUUCCUCAUAUGAAUACGUCAAAAAAAUGCUGCAAAGUUAUACCAAAGUUAACAUGUUAAUUUUCGAAUUAAAGUCUGAUGCUUUGAAAGAGAGACAUUGGAAACAAUUGACAAAACAACUACGAGUCAACUGGGUAUUAAGUGAACUUACCCUUGGCCAAGUUUGGGAUGUGAACUUACAGAAAAAUGAAGCGAUAGUAAAAGAUAUUAUUCUUGUUGCUCAAGGUGAAAUGGCACUAGAAGAAUUCUUAAAACAAGUUCGAGAAUCUUGGCAGACUUAUGAAUUGGAUUUAAUAAACUAUCAAAAUAAAUGCAGGUUAAUUCGUGGUUGGGAUGAUCUUUUUAAUAAAGUUAAAGAACACAUCAAUUCUGUAGCUGCUAUGAAACUCUCACCUUAUUAUAAAGUAUUUGAAGAAGAGGCAUUAACCUGGGAAGAAAAACUAAACAGAAUCAAUGCUUUAUUUGACGUAUGGAUAGAUGUUCAGCGACGUUGGGUUUAUCUGGAAGGAAUUUUCUCAGGAAGUGCUGACAUUAAAACACUAUUGCCUGUUGAAACGUCACGCUUCCAAAGUAUUAGCUCUGAAUUUCUUGGUUUAAUGAAAAAAGUAUCUAAAUCUCCAAUGGUAAUGGAUGUCCUAAAUAUUCCUGGUGUGCAAAGAGCACUUGAACGUUUAGCUGAUUUACUUGGAAAAAUACAGAAAGCUUUAGGAGAAUACCUUGAAAGAGAACGUACGUCAUUCCCGCGAUUUUAUUUCGUGGGUGAUGAGGAUUUGUUGGAAAUUAUUGGUAAUAGCAAAAAUAUUGCAAGAUUACAGAAACAUUUUAAAAAAAUGUUUGCUGGUGUAGCAGCUAUUCUCUUGAGCGAAGAUAACACUAUUAUUACUGGUAUUGCUUCUCGCGAAGGAGAAGAAGUAUUUUUCCAAAAUCCGGUAUCUACUGUUGAUCAUCCAAAAAUCAAUGAAUGGUUGACGCUCGUAGAAAAAGAAAUGAGAGUUACACUAGCAUCGAGUCUUGCAAGAGCAGUACAAGAUAUCAAACAGUUCAAAGAUGGAAAUAUUAAUCCUCAAGCUUUCAUGACAUGGUGUGAUAAUUAUCAGGCUCAGAUUAUAGUUUUAGCUGCUCAGAUCUUAUGGUCAGAAGAUGUUGAAGCCGCGUUGCAUGAAUCACAAAGCGAUCCAAGUAAGAAUUCUUUGGAAAGAGUGUUACUACAAGUUGAAGGUACAUUAAAUGUUUUAGCGGACUCUGUUCUUCAAGAACAACCAUCGUUAAGACGGAAAAAGUUAGAGCAUUUAAUUAACGAGUUCGUACACAAACGCACAGUAACAAGGAGACUAAUUGCGAAUAAAGUUUCCAAUCCUAAAGCAUUUGAAUGGCUAUGUGAAAUGAGAUUCUAUUUUGAUCCACGGCAAACCGAAGUUUUGCAACAACUUACAAUACAUAUGGCAAAUGCGAAAUUUUAUUACGGAUUUGAGUAUUUGGGAGUACAAGAUAGAUUAGUACAAACACCUUUGACAGAUAGAUGUUACUUAACAAUGACACAAGCUUUAGAAGCUCGUCUUGGAGGAUCUCCGUUUGGACCAGCUGGAACAGGAAAAACUGAAUCGGUUAAAGCUCUUGGUCAUCAACUUGGAAGAUUUGUAUUGGUGUUUAACUGCGAUGAGACAUUCGACUUUCAGGCUAUGGGCCGUAUUUUUGUCGGUCUUUGUCAAGUUGGAGCAUGGGGCUGCUUCGAUGAAUUCAAUCGUCUUGAAGAGCGUAUGCUUUCAGCUGUUUCUCAACAAGUACAAACCAUUCAAGAAGCAUUAAAAAGUCAGAUGGAAGGGAAAAAAGAAGGAACACUUUGUGUAGAAUUAGUCGGGAAACAAGUUAAAGUAUCCACAGAUAUGGCGAUCUUUAUUACAAUGAAUCCAGGCUAUGCUGGGCGAUCAAAUCUUCCCGAUAACUUGAAAAAGCUUUUUAGGUCGCUAGCUAUGACUACACCUGAUAGACAAUUAAUCGCUGAAGUUAUGCUUUUCAGUCAAGGAUUUAGGUCUGCUGAAAAAUUAGCAUGCAAGAUUGUACCAUUCUUCAAGCUCUGUGAUGAACAACUUUCUAAUCAAUCUCAUUAUGAUUUUGGUCUUCGCGCACUUAAAUCUGUACUUAUUUCUGCUGGAAAUGUUAAACGUGAUCGGAUUCAAAAAAUUAAAGAGGGUAUGCAGAACCGCGGUGAAACUAAUAUUGAUGAGGCUUCGAUUGCUGAAAAUUUGCCGGAACAAGAAAUUCUUAUUCAAUCUGUUUGCGAAACAAUGGUACCAAAAUUAGUCGCCGAAGAUAUUCCGCUGCUGUUUAGUUUACUUAAUGAUGUAUUCCCGAAUGUAAAUUAUACGCGUGCUGAAAUGAAAGGAUUGAAAAAUCAGAUUAGGAAAGUAUGCAUGGAAGAGUAUUUAGUAUGCGGUGAAGGUGACGAACAAGGAGGAGCUUGGCAGGAAAAGGAAAUGGUCGGUGAGACCUGGGUAGAAAAGGUGCUGCAACUAUAUCAAAUUUGUAACUUGAAUCAUGGUUUGAUGAUGGUUGGCCCAAGUGGUUCUGGAAAAACGACUGCAUGGAAAGUACUGUUAAAAGCCUUGGAAAGAUUCGAAGGAAUAGAAGGUGUAGCCCAUGUGAUCGAUCCUAAAGCUAUUAGCAAAGAAAUAUUAUAUGGUGUAUUAGAUCCAAAUACACGUGAAUGGACAGAUGGACUCUUUACACAUAUUCUUAGAAAAAUUAUAGACAAUGUAAGAGGAGAAAUUAAUAAACGACAGUGGAUCAUAUUUGAUGGUGAUGUUGAUCCAGAAUGGGUUGAAAAUUUAAAUUCUGUACUAGAUGAUAAUAAACUGCUUACAUUACCAAACGGCGAACGUUUAAGUUUGCCUCCAAAUGUGAGAGUUAUGUUUGAAGUACAAGAUCUAAAAUAUGCCACAUUGGCUACUGUUUCUCGUUGCGGUAUGGUGUGGUUCUCUGAAGAUGUACUUUCUACAGAAAUGAUAUUCGAAAAUUACAUGUUGCGUUUAAGAAACAUUCCUCUCGAGGAUGGAGAAGAAGAUAAUCUUGGCAAAAAGGCAACGGAGAAAGAUGAUACUCUGUCUCCUGCAUUGUCAGUUCAAAGAGAAGUUGCCAGCAUUUUACAAAGUUAUUUUGCUCCAGAUGGGUUGGUAGUAAGAUGUUUGGAAUAUGCUAUGAAACAAGAACAUAUAAUGGAUUUUACACGUCUGCGAGCAUUAAGCUCUUUAUUUUCUAUGUUGAAUCAAGCUGUACGCAAUGUUUUACAAUAUAAUCAUUCACAUACAGAUUUCCCUUUGCCAAGUGAACAACUGGAACGUUACAUGCCAAAAUGCUUGGUAUAUGCUUUGCUAUGGAGUUUUGCAGGUGACGCGAAGCUAAAAGUUAGAUCUGAUUUAGGAGAUUUUGUUAGAUCUAUUACGACUGUACCUUUGCCAACGCAAAACAACAUUCCUAUUAUUGAUUUUGAAGUGAGCAUUCAUGGUGAAUGGUUACCUUGGAGUAAUAAAGUUCCGCAGAUUGAAGUAGAAACUCAUAAAGUUGCUAGUCCAGAUAUCGUUGUACCUACUUUGGAUACAGUAAGGCAUGAAAGUUUACUUUACACAUGGUUAGCAGAACAUAAGCCAAUAGUGCUUUGUGGUCCACCUGGCUCUGGUAAAACUAUGACGCUUUUCUCUGCUUUACGAGCUUUGCCCGAUAUGGAAGUUGUUGGGCUAAACUUUUCUUCCGCUACUACACCUGAAUUAUUGCUGAAAACUUUUGAUCAUUACUGUGAAUAUCGUAAAACACCCAAUGGCGUUGUACUUUCGCCAGUACAACUAGGCAAAUGGCUGGUUCUAUUUUGCGAUGAAAUUAAUUUACCGGACAUGGAUAAUUAUGGGACACAACGCGUAAUCUCGUUCCUCAGACAAUUGGUAGAACAUAGAGGUUUCUAUCGAACUAGCGAUCAAGCAUGGGUUACUUUGGAAAGAAUCCAAUUCGUUGGUGCUUGCAAUCCUCCAACAGAUCCAGGUAGAAAACCGCUUAGUCACAGAUUUUUACGACAUGUUCCAGUUAUAUAUGUCGAUUACCCGGGAGAGACAUCUUUAAAACAAAUUUAUGGCACAUUUACGCGGGCUAUGCUUAGAUUAACACCGUCUUUACGAGGUUACGCGGAACCUUUAACCAAUGCAAUGGUAGAAUUUUAUCUAGCUUCGCAGGAAAGAUUUACGCAAGACAUGCAACCACAUUACGUUUAUUCUCCGCGUGAAAUGACACGUUGGGUACGCGGAAUUUGUGAAGCUAUUAGACCCCUGGAUAAUUUGUCGGUUGAAGGCCUAGUACGCUUAUGGGCACACGAGGCUCUUCGUUUAUUCCAAGAUAGAUUAGUGGAAGACACUGAAAGAGCUUGGACCAAUAAGAACAUAGAUACCGUUGCCAUGAAACAUUUUAUGGGUGUUGAUAAGGAAAAAGCAUUAACGAGGCCUAUAUUAUAUAGUAAUUGGUUAUCUAAAGACUAUGUGCCAGUUAAUAGACAAGAAUUACGAGAUUAUGUUAGAGCGAGAUUGAAAGUAUUUUAUGAAGAGGAGCUGGAUGUUCCUUUGGUACUCUUUGACGAGGUUCUUGAACAUGUUUUACGAAUUGACAGAAUUUUCCGUCAGCCUCAGGGACACUUAUUGCUUAUUGGUGUUUCUGGAGCUGGCAAGACAACUCUGUCUAGAUUCGUUGCUUGGAUGAAUGGUUUAUCCAUUUUUCAAAUAAAGGUUCACAAUAAAUAUACUGGUGAAGAUUUUGACGAAGAUUUGCGUCAAGUAUUAAGACGAUCUGGUUGUAAAGAUGAAAAAAUAGCAUUUAUUCUUGAUGAAUCUAACGUUUUAGAUUCUGGUUUUCUUGAGCGUAUGAAUACCUUGCUUGCAAAUGGAGAAGUACCUGGUUUAUUCGAAGGUGAUGAAUACACAACACUUAUGACACAAUGUAAAGAAGGAGCGCAACGCGAAGGUCUUAUGUUAGAUUCUAACGAAGAACUGUACAAAUGGUUUACUGGUCAAGUUAUGAAGAAUUUGCAUGUAGUAUUCACGAUGAACCCCAGUACUGAUGGUCUUAAAGAUCGAGCUGCCACAUCACCUGCAUUAUUCAAUAGAUGUGUGUUGAAUUGGUUUGGUGAUUGGUCAGAUAACGCGCUAUUCCAAGUUGGCAAAGAGUUUACCAGCCGUGUAGAUUUGGAAAGACCUAUGUGGAAGUGUCCAGAUUUCUUCCCUUCAGUUUGCUCUUUAAUCCCAUCUCAACCUUCUCAUCGAGAUGCUGUGAUAAACGCUUGCGUUUAUGUGCACCAAACAUUACACAAAGCCAAUACCAGGCUCGCCAAACGUAGUGGCAGGACAAUGGCUAUUACACCCCGCCAUUAUUUAGAUUUUAUCAAUCAUUUUGUAAAGUUGUAUCAAGAAAAGAGAAGUGAUUUGGAAGAACAACAGUUGCAUUUAAAUGUCGGUUUAAGUAAAAUUGCGGAAACAGUAGAACAAGUGGAAGAAAUGCAAAAAAGUUUAGCUAUAAAAUCUCAGGAACUGCACGCCAAAAAUGAAGCCGCGAAUGCGAAAUUACGGCAAAUGGUUAAAGAUCAACAGGAAGCGGAAAAGAAGAAAGUGCAAAGUCAAGAAAUUCAACAACAAUUGGCUAUACAAACUGUUGCUAUUAACCAAAAGCGAGACGAUGUUAUGGCCGAUUUGGCACAAGUUGAACCAGCUGUUAUUGAUGCACAAAACGCGGUGAAAUCAAUAAAGAAACAACAUUUAGUCGAAGUUCGGUCCAUGGCGAAUCCGCCGGCGAUCGUGAAGGUUGCAUUGGAGUCUAUCUGCUUAUUGCUCGGCGAAAAUGCCAGCGAUUGGAAAUCUAUCCGCACAGUCAUCAUGAGGGACAAUUUUAUCAAUACUAUUGUCUCUAAUUUCAGUACCGAGGAUAUUACAGACGAAGUGAGAGAGAAAAUGAAGAGUCGAUAUUUAAGCAACCCUGACUAUAAUUUCGAGAAAGUCAAUCGAGCCAGUAUGGCUUGCGGACCUCUUGUUAAAUGGGCCACCGCACAGAUUGAAUAUGCAGACAUGUUGAAACGAGUAGAACCUUUGAGAGAUGAACUCCAUUCGUUAGAACGACAAGCCGAAACAAACAAGCAAAAAGGCGAAGAAGUAAAAAAUCUGAUUGCUCAACUGGAACAGAGCAUAGCUUCAUAUAAGGAAGAAUACGCGCAGCUUAUUUCUCAGGCACAAGCUAUUAAAGCCGAUUUGGAGAGCGUACAAGCUAAAGUAGAUCGUUCUAUCGCCUUAUUAAAAUCAUUGGUUAUUGAAAGAGAACGUUGGGAAGCAACUAGUGAAACAUUUAAGAGUCAAAUGUCUACAAUUAUUGGAGAUGUACUUUUGUCAUCUGCUUUCUUAGCAUAUGCUGGAUAUUUCGAUCAACACUACCGACAAAAUUUGUUCAGUACUUGGUGUCAACAUUUACAACAUGCAAACUUACAAUUCCGGCCAGAUAUAGCAAGAACGGAAUAUCUCUCAAAUCCAGAUGAACGUUUAAGGUGGCAAGCUAAUGCUCUACCAACAGACGAUCUUUGCACUGAAAAUGCUAUUAUGUUGAAACGAUUCAAUAGAUAUCCGUUAAUUAUUGAUCCAUCUGGACAAGCAACAGAAUUUAUAAUGAACGAAUUUAAAGAUCGAAAGAUCACGAAAACAAGUUUCUUGGACGAUUCGUUUAGAAAGAAUCUGGAGAGUGCGUUACGUUUUGGUAAUCCUUUGUUGGUACAGGAUGUCGAAAAUUAUGACCCUAUAUUAAAUCCUGUCCUAAACAGAGAAUUAAGAAGAACAGGUGGGCGUGUGCUAAUCACACUCGGGGAUCAAGAUAUUGAUCUUUCACCAUCUUUCGUGAUCUUUCUAUCAACGAGAGAUCCAACAGUGGAAUUUCCACCUGAUAUCUGUUCUCGUGUUACCUUUGUAAAUUUCACCGUUACUAGAAGUUCGUUGCAAAGUCAGUGCUUAAAUCAAGUUCUGAAAGCUGAACGACCAGACAUUGAUGAGAAGAGAUCUGAUUUACUAAAAUUACAAGGUGAAUUCCAUUUGCGACUGAGGCAGCUAGAAAAAUCCUUGUUGCAAGCAUUAAACGAUGCUAAGGGGAAAAUCCUCGAUGAUGAUUCUGUGAUAACUACUCUUGAAACUUUGAAACAGGAAGCGGCUGAUAUUAGUAAAAAAGUCGAGGAAACGGAUAAAGUGAUAGCAGAAAUUGAAACAGUCUCUCAACAGUACAUGCCUUUGUCUCAAGCUUGUUCAAAUAUGUAUUUCACAAUGGAUAGUUUGAAUCAAGUGCACUUCUUAUAUCAGUAUUCUUUGAAAAUGUUCUUAGAUGUUUUUACGUCUGUUUUAUCUCAAAAUCCAAGAUUAUCUAAUAUAUCAGAUUACACGCAAAGGCUAUCAUUUAUUACAAGCGAUUUAUUUUCUGCCUGUUAUGAACGCGUUGCUCGUGGAAUGUUGCACACCGAUAGAUUAACAUUUGCAUUACUAUUAUGCAGAAUUCAUCUGAAAGGUAUUGCUGCAGAAUCCACUUACGACAGUGAAUUUACAUUUUUCUUGCGCGGAAAAGAAGGUGUACUGAAUAUACGAGAUCCUAUAAUGCCUAAUUUGAGUUCAGAGCAACAAGAAGCUAUGAUGCGAUUGAGCCUUAGAUUGCCAGCUUUCAAAAAGUUGCGCGAGAAAAUUCAAGAGAAUACAGAAUUCAAUACGUGGUUACAAUCGCCAACACCCGAGACGUGUGUACCGAAACUUUGGGACGAAGAAAAACCAUUGACACCUACUGGAACAGCUAUGCAUCAACUAUUAAUAAUUCAAGCAUUCCGGCCAGAUCGAGUGAUAGCUGCUGCGUCUUUAGUUGUGACCUCUGCUUUGGGAGAGUCUUUCAUGGCAGCUGCAGAAGCAGAACUUGAUUUUGCUUCCGUUGUUGAAAAUGAAUUAAAGGCUACUGUACCUGCACUGCUUUGUUCAGUACCUGGUUUCGAUGCCUCUGGUCGAGUAGAUGAUUUGGCAGCUGAAUCAGGCAAACAAAUAGCCAGCAUCGCGAUCGGAUCUGCAGAAGGAUUUAAUCAAGCGGACAGAGCAAUAAAUAUGGCUGUUAAAGCGGGUAGAUGGGUACUAUUGAAAAAUGUCCAUUUAGCACCACAGUGGUUAGUACAACUUGAAAAGAAAUUGCACAGUUUACAACCACAUGCUAGUUUUAGACUAUUCUUAACUAUGGAAAUCAAUCCAAAAGUGCCAGUUAAUCUGCUCAGAGCUGGUAGAAUAUUUGUCUUCGAACCACCUCCUGGAAUCAGAGCAAAUUUAUUACGAACUUUCAGUACAGUACCAGCAUCAAGAAUGAUGAAAGUACCUAACGAAAGAGCUCGUCUUUACUUCUUAUUAGCGUGGUUCCAUGCUAUCGUUCAAGAACGUCUUCGUUAUGCACCGUUAGGAUGGGCCAAACAUUAUGAGUUCAACGAAAGUGAUUUAAGAGUAGCUUGUGAUACUUUGGAUACAUGGAUAGAGGCCACUGCUAUGGGUAGAACUAAUUUACCGCCAGAGAAGGUACCUUGGGAUGCGUUAGUGACAUUACUGUCUCAAUGCAUAUACGGUGGUAAAAUUGAUAAUGAUUUCGACCAACGUCUUCUUGCAUCGUUCCUUCGCAAGCUUUUUACUCCGCGGUCUUUUGAAGCCGAUUUCGCGCUUGUUGCUAACAUUGACGGUUUGCAAGGAGGCCAACGACAUAUUACUAUGCCAGAUGGUACCAGACGCGAUCAUUUCCUUAAAUGGAUUGAAUCACUGUCUGAUAGACAAACGCCCUCGUGGCUUGGACUACCAAAUAACGCGGAGAAAGUAUUACUCACGACGAGAGGUACAGACUUGGUGUCUAAAUUACUAAAAAUGCAACAAUUAGAAGACGAAGAUGAGUUGGCGUAUUCUAACGAAGAAUCGUUGGAUACACCUAGAGAAGCGGAAGCUGAUGGCAGGCCAUCAUGGAUGAGAACAUUACACAAUUCAGCAUCAACAUGGUUGCAAUUACUUCCGAAAAAUUUACCAACGCUGAAAAGAACUGUAGAGAAUAUAAAAGAUCCUCUCUACAGGUAUUUUGAGAGAGAAGUUAACAGCGGAGCUAAAUUGUUACAAGACGUGAUUCAUGAUCUAGAAGACGUUGUUUUAAUUUGUCAGGGUAAAAAGAAGCAAACCAAUUAUCAUAGAACUAUGUUGUCAGAAUUAGUGAAAGGUAUUUUACCAGGUGGUUGGAGACGAUACACAGUUCCCAGGGGAUGUACUGUCAUACAGUGGAUAACAGACUUCAGUCACAGAGUGUCACAAUUACAAGAAGUUUCACGAUUGGUAUCUCAAGGUGGAGCUAAAGAAAUUAAGAGUUUCCCUGUUUGGCUUGGCGGGUUAUUGAAUCCCGAAGCAUAUAUUACAGCAACGAGACAGUGCAUAGCACAAGCAAACAGUUGGUCACUAGAGGAACUUCAACUCGAUGUAACUAUAGGAGACAGUGACAAUAUUGCUACCGAUGAUUGUUCGUUUGCUGUAACCGGUCUUAAAUUGCAAGGAGCGCAGUGUAAAGAUAAUCAGUUGUAUCUGACUUCAACUAUAAUGACCGAUUUACCAGUUACCAUGUUGAGGUGGAUACGAUCUGCCACCGAUGAUGUACGAAAGGGAAAAUUGUCUUUACCAGUUUAUCUUAACAGCACACGUACUGAAUUAUUAUUUACCGUUGAUUUAAAUAUUGCUCCUAGUCAAGAUCCUCAUAGUUUCUACGAGAGGGGAGUCGCUGUUCUUACAUCUACUGCUUUGAAUUAAUACUUAUAAAAUUAGCAAAUUGCGAUAUUUAACAAAUAAUCUAACGAUAAAAUUAUCACAGAAAUGGGUAAACGAACUUUUUAGAAUUGAAUUAGUAAAAAGUCUCUACAUAUAUUGUACUGUUCCCCGAAGAUAUUUAUUAAUUUAAUCAUCUUUAAUUAUUUAUAAAACAUUUUUAAUUAGCUAAUAUAGUAUUCUGUCAAUACUCAUAUAGUCUCACAGUUGAUGGUUAAUAAAAAUAAAAAGUUUGCCCGUUUCUCGUACUAACUAAAUAUGUAGUAAAGAUAUUAUUUAUCGCUUAAAAAAAAAAAAAAAAAAAAAAAAAAAAAAUGUUCAGCACAAUAUUUUGUAAACGUGUAUUAAAAUGAAACAUUAUACUUGAUAAUUAAUGUAAUUGAAAAAGAUGCAAGACAUCCGUUUUAGAAUUGAUGUUCCAAUAACGGCAUUGUAAUAUAUAUAGUUUAUUUAGUUUUCUAUACGUUUAAACUCAAAAAUCGCUUUCUGUAACAAAGUUACGUUAUGUUUGCUAAGUGUAAGUACGAGAAUAUUGUAGGAUCUAUAUUAUUUGAAUGAUAUAUAAUAAAAAAAAACUUAAUAUACGGUUUACAAGCGUUAUUAAAAAAGUAAAAUGAGUACCGUUAAAA